CGUAAAUCAACAAGACGCGAACCGCCAAAGCCAAUCCAGAACCCCUGUUUGCCAAAAACGCGGUAGGGAGGAUGGUGAAAGCAACGGCAACAAACAUCUCUCUCUUUAGACAGCCCCGGCAAUCUAUUGCUUUGUAGAACGACAUCAGGAACAUGAGCACCAAGUCCCAAGAGCCAUCUGGUUGGCGUUUUCGGUUUGAGUGGGAGUCUGAGGAAGACGACGAAGAUUCGGAAGAUGUGGCAUCAGAGCACGGCGGUCCAGCGUUGAUGGCGGGUUCUGAUCCCUCCAUGGUUCCAUCACCACCCGAAAAGACGAAUGAAAAAGUUCAUCAAGAUAAUGUUGGCAAUCUGGAUGCAAAGUCAAACUCGGGCAGGACGGAUCAAGCAUCAUGGAAGUCACUUAUCAGCGAAGAGUUGGACACAGAUGGCGGCGCAACCAAGAAAAAAGAUGACAUUAGAACGCAAGCAAAAGCACCCUCGUCGUCAGAUCAUAGCAACCCAAGAACAACUACCACUACCCCCACCCCCGGCACAACUCCUUUAGCGGCCGUAGACAGCCACCAAACACCAACGACAAAGAGGGAAUUGGGUGAACGCAAAGCCAAGCGAAUAUCCACGUCUGAAAAGGCAUCAGGAGUGGUGGGUGCUGUGGCCAUUGAAGGUGCUGACAGUAAGAGCACCGCAGAAGAAAAAGGCCACCUGAUCAGCCCCAUCAACUCUCAAAGUUCGGAGGAAAUCAUUCAGCAACGCACUGGAAAGUUGAGAGGAAAGAAGCGUGGAUACCCCCACAAGCUACCGGUGCCUUCACAUGAGGAGCGUUUUUCAACCACAGAGGGACACCAAAGACAACAGUCUGAUCCGAAUGCACCUCUUCCAUCCGGUCUAGCCAAAAAGACGCCCGAGCAAGCAAGGACUUUGCGGGUCUCUGUAGCUGCUGCUUCUAGUAUGCCAACCGCCACGGCGGGGGAGCAGACCGGGACCCCCACCUCAAGUUUGCACCGCAAGAAGAUGGCCAUCCAAGAGCGAGUACAUCACCAAGGCACCAUCGUCACAAAUGGGGUUGCCAUAGCAGAAGAAGAAGAAGCAGACGAAGAAGAUAUUGAAAGGCCAGCAUCACACGAUCAUCAGCCGGCCCAGCCCGAUGACCAGGAUAUUUCCGUGCAAACGUCUACCGCCAAUCUCGCUGUUGCCAACCCCGUCACGGAGGACGAUUUGCAACAAGCCCAGGAGUGGCACGAACGACCAAUAAGAACUCGAAACAAACUGGCUUGUUGUCGUCGCCCCCGAUGGCAUGAAUUGGCAGCAUUGGUCUUUGUAAUCGCCGGAGCGGUAGCUAUUGCUUCCAUUGUUGGAGUCGAGCAAAGGAACAACGAUGAUCAGCCAGACACAGAUGCACAAGACGAGGUGAUCAUGCCAGGGCAGCCAACAGCAGCCAUGGCAGAUCGUGUUCGCUCCUUGCUUCCGGACUACUCACUGCAAGCCAUUGACAGAUCCGACAACUCGCCUCAGAUGCUGGCCUAUGAGUGGUUGAUGGGUGAUCCCAAUUUGGAAACAUACCCAGAUUGGCGGACGGUUCAACGUUUUUCCCUUGCCACGAUCUACUUUUCAUUGGGAGGCAACGAAGCCAGGGGCUGGGUCCAGGACACUGGUUGGAUAUCGUAUGACGUGCACGAAUGCGAGUGGUUCCAAUCGGAGCCAGAAGCCGCGGCCGCUGCCGACGACCCCUCCUUUGGCAGUGGUACCACAUACACAAUAUUCAACGUGUCGAGGCUUGACUCCAACGUUUGCACGGGCGAGACGGGAGAGGAGUAUCAACAUCUCUUGCUGCUCUCCAAUGGGCUCCAGGGAAGCAUCCCAGAAGAGUUGUAUCUGCUUUCCUCGCUCAAGACUAUUUCUCUCCGUGGCAACAUAGCUACUGGAUCCAUCUCAUCUCGUGUUGGAUUGUUGACAAGUUUGUUUGCUCUGGACGUUACAGCAAAUCGCAUGACCUCCACGCUUCCCACAGAGAUUGGAUUGCUCACCAACUUGACUGCACUUUCAACUGUGUUCAAUCCUGCAAUGACAGGAUCCAUUCCGAGUACAGUUGGCAACCUCUACGACCUGGGCAUCUUGGGGCUCGAUUCGUGUUCAUACUCUGGAGUCAUACCCACAGAGAUUGGAAGGCUUCGGCGCCUGUAUUGGUUGCUCCUCUACAAUAAUCGAUUCAGUGGGCAACUGCCAUCGGAGCUUGGUCUCCUGAGAUCGCCUACUUUCCAUUUGUUCAACAACAGCUUGACGGGAACAAUUCCCAGCGAACUAGGCAAUGUUCAGUACAUGUCUUUCCUAACUCUGGGUGACAACCCAGCACUUGAAGGCAACAUCCCUUCUGAGUUUGGUCAACUUGAAUAUAUUUGGAUGCUGGGAAUAUGGAAUACAAACGUGAGUGGUCCCAUUCCGACAGAAUUUGGAAGGCUGCUUGGCUUAUCAGGCCUUCUACUUGCAAAUAACCGUCUCCAUGGCUCGAUCCCAAGUGAGCUGGGUAAUUUGAAGUCCUUGUGGGGAUUGGGCUUGUUUGGCAAUGGAUUGUCGGGUGCCAUUCCUUCCGAGCUUUCUUCGAUAUCAGAUUUGGCUGCCCUAGCUUUGCAGGACAACAUCUUGACCGGCCAUAUACCAACGGAGUUUGGUGUCUUCUCAGAACAAGAUGGUUUCUUGAAAAUGGAACUAUUGGACUUGUCCGGCAAUCACAUGUCAGGAAAUGUGCCUUCUGAGCUUGGGUUGAUUACUUCACUGCGUGAACUUAGCCUCCACAACAAUCAGCUCACUGGAUCGGUUCCCAGCACGCUUGGAAACCUGUUUCGUCGCGCAUAUUCUUACGUUGAAUUCCUCUUCGCCAGUGGUUCCCUACCGGAUAUUUUUGCUUCCAUCAUUCCGUCCAGAUCGCUGUCAUUGGACAACAACCGCCUUGUAGGCAGUCUUCCAACGGAACUUGGCGGUAUGACCAGCUUGCUCAACUUUUCCAUUUCGAACAAUUCGCUUACAGGUGGCAUCCCUGAGCAGCUUGGGAACAUGGAAUCCCUGGAGAGUCUCAAUCUUGCAGACAACAAUCUCCGAGGUCCGGUACCUUCAGAGCUGGGUCUGCUUUCCGAACUGAUUUCGUUGUCGCUGGCAGACAACGAACUCUCGGGCAAACUCCCUACCGAGGUCGGGACUCUGGUUGCAAGCAAAGAGCCCGGUGCUAGUUUCGAGAAUCUCAACAUUUCAGGCAAUGGCUUCUCUGGAACCAUUCCAUUGGAUGUUUGCCUUGCUGGUUCCAAUGCUCUGUCUUUUGACUGCUCUGAUAGCCUGUGUGGGUGUGACUGUAGUUGUUCGUAAGAACCCAAGUCUCACACAAAAAGAUCUAGAGGGGUGGGCCAGCAAUUCGAUGGCACCAAGACAAACGGAUUCAUGAAGAUUUUCACGGCCUUCGCAACUGCAGCACCGAGGGGGCAACGGGAGCAAGCUUUGGUAAACUUCGACGAUUCGAUUCCAUCCGUCUUCGUCCUGUAUCAGUGACCCAGGCCUGGCCUGGGUCAAGUGGGAAAGCGGUUUGUAGUGACGGGCGUGCAAUGCUCGUGUCCUGAAUAUGUUGGGGAUCACACCCAGCGACUCGACUCGAUCUUUUGCUUGCUCCUUCAUAGUUAUUCUUGAUCAUUAACAUUGACUAGCUACUAGUGGAGCUACUUUCUUCAUCGCUUGGAAGUGCCAAGGGUGGUGCCAGUAUUAAUAGUCAGCACAUACCGCAUGGUGGAAACUGAAACUACGCCGUGUAUCAGUGCUUGUGGCAAGGACUUUUGAGGGUUGGGUGCUAAUAAUCGAUUCAGCGGGCAACUGCCAUCGGAGCUUGGUCUCCUGAGAUCAUCUACUAUUCAUUUGUUCAACAACAGUUUUGACGGUACCAUCCCCAGCAAACUAGGCAAUGUACCGUACAUGUCGAUCCUGGCUCUGGGUUGAUAACCCAGCACUUUCAGGCACGAUUCCUUCAACUGCAGCACAAUGGAAGCAACGACAGGAGGAAACUACCAGGAGAAAACUACGCAAUGUACCAGUGCCUGUGGCAACACGUACGCUCGUUGUCCUCGUCAUCGAACUUCUUGGCUGGCAGAACAGGGAGAUUUGAACAGAAAUGGCGGAACGUUCAAACCAGGGAGCUUCAAAGAUUAGCGCUUCAAAGAACUACCUACACUGGACGUGUCGGAAACAAUGCUGAAGGGCUUCCGGCUUCCGAGACAGAGAGAUCAUUCCGAGAUCAAUCAAGAUCUUCCCGAGAUCUCGCGGGACUGAUCAUUGGAUCUUUUUCCACAAAGAUCCAACAACGUCCCUUGACGUCGUCCUCUCUCUUCUUCCACUGCUGCUUCUGUUCUGUCAUGUGCAUUAUUAGGAGAUACUACAUGUAGCUAGCUAGCAUUCCCAACACAAGUUUUGAAGCCACGAGACAGAGUGAGA